GCAUCAAUAAACUCAGCACUGCUUUACAACCAUGUAAUAGGUCCGACUAGAGCAAUAUUGAAUUUGUGUACAUUAGCUCCCAUAAGACGAGAUGAAAUCAAAUUGUACAAAUAACACUUUUCUCAAGGAUUAACUCUUGCCUGCCAAAAACAUAAGGGACUUGUAAUCUUUUCAGACACGCGCUGCUUCCAAAGCUGUCAAUUACUUUGUUUAAUGUAACUAUACACAAGUGAGCGCUACCCAUACCACCAAUUAAAGGGUCAAGGGAAAUUAAUUGGUCGCCAUCAAAUAAGAGAAUGGUGGCAAAUUGCCUGUGAGCACGUAAGUGUAUUUAUACGAACGCGUACAAGGACAAACGGUAUUGUGAAUCACAUCACCAGCCACCGCAGCCAGCCAAGGAAAUUUACUGCAAGAUUUUUCGAGGAAGAAGAUCAGAAGGUUUUGGCAAAUUAUGAAUCAGUUACUUCCGGCAAUGCACGUGUCGGUUUCAGCUGCUGGAUCCACUGGAUUCCACAGUAUCGACGCCCUACUUGGAAUAAGAGGGGAACCGGAUAUGUGUUCUCAUGAUUUCCCCACAGAGGAAGAGCACAGAGACAGACUUCAGCAUCACAUUCACCACAGAAAGGACACUUCCGGUAGAGCCUUCAAACUCACAGAUAAGAACAGUAAAUCUCGAAAGGAAAAUAUGAAGAAUAUUGACGGACAAAAACAACUAGAAUACAGCGAGGAACAGAGGAAAAAAUCGCGCAGGAACCGUACUACCUUUACCACUUACCAGCUCCACGAGCUCGAGAGGGCGUUCGAGAAGUCACAUUACCCGGAUGUUUACAGCAGAGAGGAACUAGCAAUGAAAAUAAAUCUACCGGAAGUCAGAGUACAGGUUUGGUUUCAAAAUCGCAGAGCAAAGUGGCGAAGGCAGGAAAAGCUUGAAAGCUCCGCUAUCAAAAUAAACGACACCUACCCAAUGUCAGCUCUAACUGCAAAAUCUGGAUGUGGGUUUGGGACGUCACUUCCGCUUGACCCCUGGAUGACGUCGCCGAUCACAAACAACACCGCCCCUGCUCAUUCCGUGUCACCUAUGACAUCAUCAUCGUCAUCCCUAUCAACCUACCCGACAUUCAUUUCAUCACCAGUAUUCAACUCGAACUGUGCUAUGAGCUCAACACUUCAUGCUUUGUCAGGUGUUUUCAACUGUACUUCCGGUAAAAUACCGGAAGUGGAUACAAGGAAUUCAAGUAUUGUGUCUCUUCGAAUGAAAGCAAAGGAACAUAUGGACCUUUUUGAACGGAAGUAUUGAAAUAUUAAUGCUGCAUUUAUAUCCUACAAUGCAUUGACUAAUAGAUAUAUAUAUUAUUUUCUAUAUAAUAAUUAUGUAAUAUAAAUGUAAUGUUAAACCUCCAAAACAACAUGAAAUUUAAACAGAAUUCUGCAAGAACCCGAUACAUAAACCAUGUUGAUAAAUGCAAAAACGUUCAAGUAUCUGGGUCAUUCAAGGUGACAGAACCCUUUUGUGAUAGGUUUUUUGACAUAACUGUCAUAAUCAUGUAAAUGACUGAACAUUACCUAAUACUUUUUUGUAAUUUAUUUUCUGCAUUUGAUUUUUUCGUAAAGUCACGAAAUGCCCCACAUUUGCAGUAUAGCUCGAUUCAAACAGUUGCGAUCAUUUAGCAUUUUAAUUGCAAUAUAAACAUGCGAUUAGCAUUCGAAAUGAAUGUGAAAUUCUUUUACUAAAGCAACGUUUUCAUGUAAAGUGUUAUAAUUGACAAAGUGAUAUUUGAAAAUGCCAAAAGGGAAUAAUACUUACUAUAUCAAACGAAAUAUUAUCGUAUGUGUUACAUAUCACAAGAAUUAUAUUGGCUUGUUUUUUUUGCCGAUAUUAUUUGAAAUAUUAACUUAUUUCUAUAAAUAAGUGUACCAUGUUGCAGACGCAGUUUGCUGUAUAUUAUACAACUUGUCUUCACUUUCCACUUAACGUACAUAGGUAGGGUAAGACUAGCUGUUAGUGUACAGUGUAGACAGAGCCAACGAUACUUAGGUAUCAGAGUGUCAUACCUACUUCUGUUUCAUCUGUUACUUAAUCAAUGUGAUAUGUAAACUGAAACAGAUUUACAGAUUUGUCCAUGUAAAGUGUUACUUCCUUAUGGACUGUCACCACAUGUAUUGAUGAUAUCUGGUAUAGCUACAUAAUUCUAAGGAUUAAAAUUUCCAUA